CAUCGACAAAGUGAUCCCUACCCACCUCCCCCGAGGUCGGUAGAACAUCGUGGUAUUCAUCAGAAGUGGCCGGUGAGUUAGUUUAAUCAUAAUUCUGGAGGAGUUGUGUCAAAAGGAUCUAAAAAUUAUGGUUCACUGGAAAAUCUGUUCCUUACUGUUUAUUGGUUACUUAUUGAAAGGGUUAGUAGUAGCUUCACAAGCCGGCAAUCUGGGAGAUUUAGCAAAAAUUUUGGCGCAGUUGGCCGGUGGAGAAAAUUGUGCAUUUCGAUGUCCGAAAGGUAAGCGUGUUCUUGGUUGUAGUAAAAUUUAACGGAACAGUUAAGGGUAAACUUCAUCUCAACUGUAUAGCCCUUACUUCAUCAAAAGAAAAAGGGUACAUUUUCGUUCUUAAUCUCAGACUUAUCCACCCCAAGAAAAACUAAUUUCACCUUUUAGACUUUGUGUUAGUAUUUCAGAAAUACACUCUCACGUGCAAUAGGCUUGAAGCUGAAGAAAACGAGAUCUAAAUCUACCGGAAAUGAUCGAUGAAGAAGAAAAUAUAUCGAGGGUGUAAAACAUAACUCUAGUUUUAUGUAUUGCUGUAGUUAUUCUCUCAUACGAAUUAAAAUGCUUUAUAAAAGUACUGUAUAAACAAAUUUGUCCGUGAGAAUGUAACGUUAUACUUGCAACUGUUGGCUUCUUUGACUGUAUUUUAAGUAGCUGACAUGGUACGUUUUAAUUGGUUCAUUUGAUAUUAUUUAUUCACCUGCUAGUCUGUGUUUACCAGUAAUAACAAAAUUAAUAAGGUAAUUAUCCAGUUUUGACUCUAAAGGUCCCCAUAUCAUUUCUUCCCUAAUAUCUGCCAUAGUUUCUAAUAAUCGUAGUUCUGAUGUAAAAUCAAACAGUCUUCCCUUCAUUACUUUCUUUUCCUCUCAUUACAUACAUAUCCGCUGUUGGAAAAUCCUACAUGUAAAGCUGUUGAACUGACAAACACAUAAUUACAGACACAGACUCCUAAGAUGGUAUUAAAUUAUUUGUUUCCACUAUUGUGGUUGUGCAGUGUGCCUCAACCAGACCUCAAUAACUGAUCAUAUUCAAUUUUAAGCAGGUUUUUUUUUAAUUGAGGAAAAAGGGGAGUGAUUGGGGUGUGAUUAAAGAGUAAGACCUUUUAAGUAGUUUCUUGCUUUUAUCAUUGAAAGUAAAAUCUUUCUAAUACAAUCUAUUUUGGUUUUAUCAACUGAGUUGAUAAUGUAAAUUGUCCACUGUAAAGCAUUUCUAAAGCUGAUUAAGCAGCAGUAACCCUUUGUCAGAGAAAUCCCCCCCCAACAGUGUAGCACCACAGAUUCUUUAGAACUUUACCCCCACUUCUUUCCCAUCCAGACCGCAUGAUAUCUUGAAAAUAUUUAUUAACCUUGGGAUAACACAUAAUUUUGGCUCCAAUGUAUUCAAGAAACAAAGUAUUAGAUGGUUCUCCAUUGUGUUCUCAUUUCAGGUUAUAAGCCUCUUACUAAUCCAAAGCAUAAACCCUCAAGUGAUGGAUGUGGUUCCAUGGGAAUAAAGGUAUAGUUUUAACAAAAAUAAAAAUGAAAACUUGUAGUCUAAGGGUAGUCACUGGAAAAGGAAAUUAUGGAUUCAGAACCUCUGAGCAGAAGUUUGCCAUGGUAAGAACCAUACAGUACACUGGGAGCAAUGCAUUCAUGAGACUGAUACACACAAGAUUAUCUAUACUGCUGGGUAGAGAGAACAUUGAAACACACAAUGUCUUGAUGAAGAAUAAGACAGUCACAAUAAAUGGAGAAUAAUUAUAGUCUUUUCUUGAGCAUUUUCUUUUAUUAACUAAACUGAAAAAAAGAUCUUUUUGCAGUUUUCCCGCUAUUAUAUGAGUGACAUUAAUGUUUAUAGUUAUAGGAACAACCAUGAUCUUUAUCUCCCUGUGAGCACCGUUCUCUUAAUGACCCUACUAAGAUUUCCUCAUAUGUUUUCAGCUUGACACUUCCAAUUUUGCUGGUUUUACAAGAUGCUGUGAUCUCCAUGACAUCUGCUACGACACCUGCAACAAUGACCGCACUCAGUGCGAUGAUGACUUUAAAUCCUGUUUAGACAAUGAGUGCCUUCUCACAGGUCUGGGAAAUAGACUACCAAAGAAGCAGUUGGAUGCAUGCCAGACAUCGGCAGAUCUAAUGUACUCAGGAACACUUGCCUUAGGAUGUGCAUCAUAUAAAGAAGCCCAGCGUAAUGCUUGUCUUUGCAAUGGAAGGACAAUAACUAAAAAAGAAAUGGAAGAGUUGGAAAGAAAUGAGGAAUUAUGA